AUGGACCUCUCACGGCAAGAGUACCCAACGCUGCUGGCCACCCUGCAACCCAGCCAAGCUACGACCGUGCUCAACGAUCGCAUUCGAGUGAUAAAUAAGAUCAAUACGGACAUCGCGGACUACCUACAGGAGCGACGUCGCGUUGAAGAGACAUACGCCCAAGGCCUACGGAAGCUGGCGCAUCGGCCACAGUUGGACAAUGGAGCUGCUUUAGGCAUUUUCCAAAUCCCCUGGCAACGAAUCAUCAACGCUACUGAGACGCUUGCCGUAUCGCACGAAACACUAGCCACCAAGAUCGAAGAAGAUGUCGAGCGACCACUAAGAGAAUUCCAUUCUAAGAAUCGGGAGAUGCAAUCUAUGCCAGGGAUCCAGAGCAAUCUGGCGGGGCUGGCCAAGAAUGUGGAGACUGCGCAGAAGAAGGUAGAUAAGGCUAAGUCGAAGGGCGCAAAGGGUGCAGACAAGCUAGCUGCUGAGAUUGCCAACGCGGAAGAAGUUUCUCAGCAAUGGGAAUCCCGAGCACCUUUUGUUUUCGAGCAACUCCAAGCCGCCGACGAGACCCGACUGAACCACCUCCGCGAUGUCUUGACACAAUUGGAAACCCACGAGGUAGACCAGGUUGAGCGUGGUCGCCAGGCCGCUGAAACUUGCCUGAACAUCCUCCUCAAUGUGGAAACAGCGGAUGAGAUCAAGACCUUCGCUGCCAAAAUGGCAGGGGAUCGGGUCCCUCCUGCGACGGCUGUUUCUCGCAGACACACAGAGCGCGCGGAAACACCUUCUGGGCCCGAGCCAGGACCCGAGCGCGCAGCAACGGCUCCUCUUGAGCAGAUGGCUACCCCAACGGAGGCACCACUUUCGCCUCCUUCUCGCACUCAGGAUGAUGCUGCAAGCCAGUAUUCAGAGCCAUCCGAGAGAGCUCCCGCUGCGCAGACACCCCCAGUACCGGAAGUACAGCCGCGACACACACCCCUGGGAGGGUUGAGACGACUUGGCACAGUCAUGAAUCGCAGGAAGAGCGUUGUCGGACCUUCGGCAGGAACCUUUGAUCGAAAGGCCGACAAGAAGCGUAGUCCUUUCGCUGCGUUCAUGCGGGCCGAUUCUUCUCGAGAUAUGCAAAUACCGGAGUCUCCUCCUGGAACUGCUUCUGGUCGCCCGGAUACGUCCUCCGCCGAACACUCAUCCCUGCGCAACCCCAGUGUAUCACAUGAUCAACCCACUUUGGAUGCUGCUGCUCCCAUCUCUGAUCCGUAUGCCGGGGCUGCCACAAACGGUGCCAUAAAUGGUGCCGCGCUUGAUACUCAGACUGGGUUGCCUGACAAUCACGUCAAUCAGGUUGAUUCGGAGGGUUUCACUGAGCGUCCAUCAACUAUCGAUGAAAUCACACGUGCUCAAAAUGAAGCAGCUGGCAUUGAUGAAUCGGCCCUCAACUUGACUAUUCGGGACCAACCGAUCUUCGAGGAUGAGAGUCAGGCAAAACAGGCUAUGGACGACAUGGCAAAUACUUUGCGAAUGCGUGCCCAGGCAACAGGAAUCCGACGAAAUGCAGGUACUAUUCGCGGUCGUCGCGAUGUACGCAAUACGGUUUUCGUUCCUUCGCCUAGCAAUGAGCUUCCACCAAGUUCCGCGGGGUCGGAGUCACAGGCGCCCACAUCGCCCAUCAGACACAUGGCCUCCCCAAGUAUCGCGCCCAGUGUUGCAACAGAUGAUCACACCAUGUCGGACACAACAUCUGUUCGCUCCGGGCACGGUAAUGUCGCUCAAGGACCAUCGGUGCAUCCUGAUCUAUAUGAGUCGGGACUCAAUGCCUCAGUCAUUGAGACUGUCAAUGCAUGGUUCUCUGAAGGAAGUGUUACCAAGUCUUUCGUCGUGGGUGAGCUUGCUCUGGCGAAUAACCCUACGCCUGGCUCCACAGAAGAUCACUCUCGUAUUCGCCUUGAUAACUUCCAGGUCCUUGAGAAGGUGGCAGCCAACCCUCACUUCAUCAAAGAGGCUGCCAAGGAUCCCACCGACGAAAAGCGAGGAGAGUACGAUGUACAGCUGGGCAGCAUUUCCCGUCCCAUGCCAACAGUCGCGUUCAAAUACCAACUUCACCUCGAUCCAACCAACCCUUCUGCGUACUGUCCCGUGAUUUUCAACCCAGUCUGGAACCUCGAGGAGCUCCAAGCCAGCGCAAUCAUCUACUACUCCCUCAACCCAGCCUUCAUCGGCCACCCAGUCGAGUCCAUCUCCCUCAAGAAUCUCGUCCUGACCAUCAACCUGGACACCGCUGCCGAAGACGAGGUCACUAAGCAGCCAAGAGCGUCUGUUGCCCACGCCACCAACGCUGCAAUGUACCCGAACACGGGUGCUGUAUUCCGCCGCAAGACCUCAACUGUUACCUGGAGGAUCCCCGAGCUGGAAGUCAAAGCCAUGACUGCUCCAGGUGCAGAGGGCAAGUUCCUUGUCCGCUUCUCGACAUCGACUCCAGGCCCUCGCAAGGGUAACGUGGAGGCUAAGUUUGAGCUUCGGACUGCCGAUUCCGCCUCCCAGCUUGGUAUCAGCCGUGCUGUAUCGGGUGGGGAGCAGGAAUCCGAUCCUUUUGCUGAUGAGGAUCGCGAAGCUCAGCCCUCCAGUUCAUGGCUGGGUGUCCCGACUACUCGCAAGUUGAUUGGCGGGAAGUAUGUAUCUUCCUAG